CCUUCCGAUCCCAGACUUUGUCAUUCUGCUCCGUCUUCUCCUGUUGCACAUUGUGAUUGCUUACGAUCUUUUUCGCCGCUUGUUGACACCGUAUCUGACCGUUGCAUUGAGUUCGUUGGCCCACCGCACGACUAAUCAGCUGCUGCAUAUCACCUUUGACUUCUGGCGACCCACCUCUCCCUCGGAUCGGAUUUGAAGUUCGCCACUUCCAAAAUCAUCCGCAUCACCCGUGACGGCCGCCCCACUACCUCCUGACGACAUUGAUUUAUUACUGACUGCUGGCCUCGACGACUGGACGUUGAGUCUCUGCUUUCUCCAACACUUCAGCAUACCCAAUUUUAGUCGCCGGUCGGCACCCCAAGCACUGAGUCACAUUGAGACAUUCGUCAUUCAGCACGACGACACAGCCUUUCUGCAAUGUUCGCACGGAGUCUGACGGCACUGCUACUCCUGAGCAGCCUCCUUGUUGCUUUCGCUGGUUCUGCAUCCGCGCACGCCAGCGGUGUCAAGGUCGAGCGGCACGCUGCCCGCAAUGCCCGUCUUUCAAAGCGCGGAGAGGGAGGAUGGGGUUUGGUGGAGCAGGCGAACGGCACGCGGACAUCAAACAUUCCUGUCCGGGGAGGUCAGUAUGAGCUCUAUGCAUGGACACGAGACAAUGUGACGGAGGAUGCAUACAAAAACUUGAAGAGGAUCGUGUUCACCACGCACGGAAUGGGCAGAGAUCCAUGGAACUACCUCUUGCACACACAAAUCGCCUUGACUGCUGCGGUGGAUGCUGGGUUGCCCGUGCAAGAUGGCGAGAUGGGACUGUGGGCACCGAGCUACUGGAACCAGAUGGACGAUCCGGUCGCCAAUCGCACGGACACCAAUUGGCUCUUUUGGUAUCGCAACGAGUGGGAAGAUGGCCACAACAGCAUUCUGCCUGAAGGAUCCAGUGUCUCGUCCUUUGAAGUCUUGGACAAUGUCCUUGCUUACUUUGGCAACCGUACCAUCUUCCCCAACGUCGACUCCAUCGUGCUUGCGUCCCACUCUAUGGGGGCCCAGAUGAUGCAACGAUACGCCUUGCUGGGAAAUAUGCCAGACAUUGAGCCAGAGGUCCACUUUGUUGUCGGCAACCCUGGUGCAUACCUCUACAUCGACGACCAGAGGCCAGUGGGCGCCGGUGGUGCAAUGCCUCUGGACAACUGUUCAGACUGGAACGCGUACAAAUUUGGGCUCAACAAGGUCAGCGAUGAGCUGACGUACGGUGUGCCCAUCCCCAACAAAGACCUGUUGUGGCAGCGCUACCAGCAGCGCAACGUGCAUUACAUGAUCGGGCAGCUGGACGACGGUCGCGGUGCCAACAUCAGCUGCCCAGCUUACGUCCAAGGAGACGCUCACCGCACACGAGGCGCUCUUUUCCACGCUUACUUGGAGCACCUAGGUGGCUUCCCCGCAUCUCACACCCUCGACUACGUCGAUUGCACUCACGACGACCAGUGCGUCUUCUCUUCGCCGCAAGGUCAGCAGAGGCUGUUCUUGCAAUCCAAAAAGGCCGGACAGGACAUGCCUAGCUAUAUUCCCCAAGGCCCUUACAACAACCUGUUCCAGGGACCCGUCCAAUUCGCGACGUCGGACGGCGAAGCGAGCAGAAUGCCGGAUGGCACUGCUUUUGUGCCAACCUCUUUCCGGGCUACCAACUCUGCAUCCCCUGGCGAUUCGAAGGGCAGCACCGGUUCGCAAGGCAACGCUUCUGGCAAAUCAAGCGGUGCUCUCUCCUCCGUGAGCGCGGACCCUUUCUUCUCUACGAUGGCUGCUCUCGCGCUGGUCACUCUGGCUAGCCUCACCACUCUUUGAUCUGGCUUCUUUCUCCCCUGUCAGGAACGAACUUUUCACCAUGCAAAAUCAGAAUCAGAAUCACUGCAACAUACCCCUCCUGUUUGCCAAUUUUUGCCCACCCCCCUCUUUUGGACAAUUUCGCUUCACCUCUUUCACUUUGUGUGCCCAUAGAUUAAUGCUGCA